AACUCUAAGAGAAUAAAUUUCUGUUCUUUAAAGCCACCCACUUGUGAUAUUUGUGUUACAGCAGCACUAGAUAAGGAAGGCACCCACCAGUGCAGCACUGGGGUGCCAGAAACUGGGGGCUGAAGAAGAAGAGUAGGAAUUAAGAAUUUUUCAUAGGAGGACCUCCAUAUGGUAAGUACAGAAUGCCAAAAUUAACCUUUUUCUAGGUGAUUUCUUCCUGUUGUGUUUAAAUUCAUAGGACAUGAAUUCUGAACAUUUGGCAUAAACUGAUUGGCAUCACGGUGAAGUAAAAACCUAAGAUUUUCUCCUGCUCUCAGAUACUAUUUGAAUUUCUCCUUCAGUCUUUGGCAACAUUAAGUACUGGGUUCUAGAAAUAUAGUUUAAAUUUUGCUUGCGAUAACUGCUUUGGGGCCUGAGAUGGCUUGCUUUCUAAAUUUUGUGAUUGUGGGGCUGGUGCUGCAAUAGUCUCAAUGUUGUCUCAUUAACUCUUUGGACUUUUCAAAAAUGAGGCUCAUGAAGAUUUUCCUUGGAUUUAAGAUAAUCUCUGAAGCAUUGGAGGAACUAACUGUUCCAGCUUAGGCUGCAGCUACUGAAGGAACCAAACCUCUGCCCAGGGAUUGAAAACUCUCUAGCUGAGACCCAACUAAAUAAAAUUUGGGAUGAUGGUUUUGGGACUUUAACUUAAGAAUUUGAGAAUUUGGACUUAAGGGAAAGAGAAUUUGAUUUUGGACUUCAGUAACUUUCAACUUUAAUGUCUUUGUAUGGAGCCUCAGUGGCGCAGUGGUCAGGAGCUUGGCUGCCAACCAAAAGGUUGGCAGUUCGAAUCCACCACCUGCUCCUUGGAAACCCUAUAGGGACAGUUCUACUCUGUCCUGUAGGGUCGCUAUGACUUGGAAUUGACUCAACAGCAACGGGUUUGGUUUUUGUUUUUUUUUUGGUUUUAAUCUUCAUAUACUAAUUUUGUGUUAUUUCUCAGUUUGUCUAGAACUUGGAAGGGAAGAGGGGUGCUAUUUAUUCAGCCCCCCUCAGAGACUAUAACAUUGUGAAUAUGAUAGUUAUGACUCAGAGCAACAUUAAUGAUUAUUUUCUAAAAUGUCCAAUUCGUAUUUAUAUACAUAGUUAUAUGUGUUUGUCUUUGAGAUCUAUUUUGCAAUGGAAUUUGAACUUUUAAUUUGGGAGUUUGAAAUUGGGAGGUUUUUUUUGUUUUUGUUUAGAUUUGAGAUGCCUCUUUAUUGCUGGCGUUUCAUUACUGGAAUAUCUUAAUACCAUCAUUUAAUCUCAUUACAGAACCUCUGAUAGCUAUCUUAGAUAACAUGGCUUGAUAAAAUUUCAGAUGGAAAAUGGAACAGGAGUUGAAUUUUCAGCCUUGGGUGUAGAAUAUAUUUAAUAUUAAUGUAUUGUUCAGAAUUAUUUUGGAGUCUUCUGGGGCCAGCAGUGCCAGAGGACACACAAAAGGAGCACUGGGUGGUGUUGGGUGCGUAGCCUUGUGAAUGUGGGUGCAGGAGCACCCUAGUUAGACUGCUGAUCUCCUCCCCAAGUAGAUAGCCCAUCCUGGAUUGAUCAUAUGCUUAAUUGUCAAGCCUUAUGGGUUAAAGAAGAAAAAUCUGGGCAACAUUAAGGAGAAAAGUGUCCUUCCUACUACGGAUAGAUCUGACUGAUGGCGAGAGCUCCAUGAUGUGAUACUUCUGGACUUCUUCAUUCCAUCACUCACUUUGUCCUGGGGAGGUGGGGUCACUUAUCUAGUUGGUAAAGAUUGGAAAAAUAACUGGGCCUGCUUCCCUCAGCUUGGCCCUUGUUCCUCUUGGGAGCAAACUGUCCACAGGGAGUGUAUCUUCUCUGUUUGGGGGUCUCCCGUGGUCCAGUGUUGCCUGUGUUUUGAAGGGUAACUCAGUCUAUUCUGGGGUUCACUUAGCCCCCCCACAUUUGGCUUUUACACUGAGCUACUUCAUCUGUCUUAGGCUUUAUCACUAUUAAAGGUAUAUUUUGCCCUUCAUCUGCUACUUUGUGUUGUUUCUCAAUUUGUCUAGAACUUGGCAAGUUAUGAAGGAUGCUAUUUAUUCAGCCUCCUCCAGAGACUCUAACAUUGUGAAUAUGAUAGUUAUGACUCUGAUCAACAUUAGUGAUUAUUUUCUAAAAUUUCCAAUUCAUAUUUAUAUACAUAUUUAUGUGUGUUUGUUACUUUUAAGAUUAACAUAUAAGGUCAUAAUUUCUGGUUUGUAUAUCAGCAAUAUCCACAUCAGCUGGGUUCAGAUGACCCUGAGGAUGACAAUAAGCACCACUGUUUUUAUGAACCGCUGUGGUACUGGGCAGACCAUGUAACACACUUCCUGCUCUUACAAGGCUGUCACCGUAUAAGGUCUUGACCUGAGUUCUUGCUGAACCAAGGAAGGAGGUGGGGCCCAGAGAUGCCAUUACAAGGGGAUUUGUGGUCUCCUUGAGAUUUAGAGAGGAAAAUAAAAUAUUUCAUGUUGAUGAUAAAAUUAAAGAAGGGAACGUGAAACAUAGGUGAGGGUAGGAGAGAGUCACUCUAAAUUUUCUGGCAAAAUCAGGCAGUGUUGAACUUAGAAGAAAAAGAAGGAACCCUGGAAAAUAUGGUGAGAUGUUCUUUUUUUUUUCCUCACUGUCUCCCGAGGCAUGCUCUGAAGAUCUUGCUGAGGAGGAUGCUGCUGCUACUGCUGCUGCUGGUGUUUGGGGAUGAAGUUAAUGUUUUUUUUCUAAUUUAUUAAGGCCUUACUGAGUACCAGACAUAUGUUGAAUGCUUAUCUCUUUUAAUCAUGUCAACAACAGGCGCUGACAAUGAAGGUUGUGUCUGAGGUGACACUGAACCUCAGGUGACUCCCCCACCACCAAGCAGAGGCACCAAGCAGGUGCCUGUGUUUGUUAGACAAAUACAGCCAGGCCUACCACCUCUUUAGCUCCAAAGUUCAGAGGUACAGAGAGCCAAGACUAAGAGACGUGCUGCUCACCAGGGUUGGACAAAUCACCAGAGAUGUGGUACAUUGUCCUGUUUUCCCUUUUGGCAUGGGUUUAUGCUGAGCCUACUAUGUAUGGGGAGAUCCUGUCCCCUAACUAUCCUCAGGCAUAUCCCAAUGAGAUAGAGAAAUCUUGGGAUAUAGAAGUUCCUGAAGGGUACGGGAUUCACCUCUACUUCACCCAUCUGGACAUAGAGCUCUCAGAGAACUGCGCGUAUGACUCGGUGCAGAUAAUGUCAAGAGGCCUUCAAGAAGGGAUACUUUGUGGACAGAGGACCAACAAGAAUCGCAGCUCUCCAAUUGUGGAAGAGUUCCAAGUCCCGUACAAUAAACUCCAGGUGAUCUUUAAAUCAGACUUCUCCAAUGAAGAGCAUUUCACUGGAUUUGCUGCAUACUAUGUUGCCAUAGAUGUAAAUGAGUGCACAGAUUUUGCAUAUGCCCCUUGUAGCCACUUCUGCAACAACUUCAUCGGUGGUUACUUCUGCUCCUGCCCCCCGGAAUACUUCCUCCAUGAUGAUAUGGAAAGUUGUGGAGUCAAUUGCAGUGGGGAUGUAUUCACUACACCAACUGGGGAGAUUGCAAGUCCCAAUUAUCCCAAUCCAUACCCAGAGAACUCAAGGUGUGAAUACCAGAUCUUGUUGGAGGAGGGGUUCCAAGUGGUGGUGACUGUGCGGAGAGAAGAUUUUGAUGUGGAACCAGCGGAUUCAGAGGGGAACUGCCCUGACAGUUUAGUUUUUGUUGCAGGAGAUCAGCAAUUUGGCCCUUACUGUGGUAAUGGAUUCCCUGGGCCACUAAAUAUUGAAACCAAGAGUAAUGCUGUUGAUAUCAUCUUCCAAACUGACCAAGGAGGGGAAAAAAAGGGCUGGAAACUUCGUUACCAUGGAGAUCCAAUCCCCUGUCCUAAGGAAUUCGUUGCCAAUUCUGUUUGGGAGCCUGAGAAGGCAAAAUACGUGUUUAAAGAUACGGUGAAGAUAACCUGUCAGUAUGGAUUUGAAGUUUUGGAGGGAAAUGUUGGCUUAACCUCUUUCUAUUCUACUUGUCAAAGCAAUGGGAAGUGGAGUAAUUCCAAACUGAAAUGUCAGCCUGUGGACUGUGGUGCUCCUGAACCCAUUCGGAAUGGUAAAGCCGAAGAUCCAGGAGACACUUUAUUUGGUUCUGUCACUCACUAUACUUGUGAGGAGCCAUAUUACUACAUGGAAAAAGAAGGAAGUGGGGAAUAUCACUGUACUGGUAAUGGAAGCUGGGUGAAUGAAGUGCUGGGCACAGAGCUGCCGAAAUGUGUUCCAGUCUGCGGAGUCCCCAGUGAGACCUUUACUGAAAAACAGAGGAUAUUUGGAGGACAACCCGCAAAGAUUGAAAACUUCCCCUGGCAAGUUUUCUUCUCGAGCCCAUGGGCUGGUGGGGCUCUCAUUGACGAGCACUGGGUACUGACAGCAGCCCAUGUUGUGGAGGGAAACCAGGACCCAAUAAUGUAUGUUGGCUCCACAUUAGUGCGCACCUCAGUUCUGGAAAAUGCCCAGAUGAUCACUGCUGAGCGUGUGUUUAUUCAUCCUGAUUGGGAAUUCAUGGAUGUCCCAGAAACGCGAAAGAAUUUUGACAAUGACAUUGCAUUAGUGAGGCUGAAAGACCCAGUGAAAAUGGGACCCACUGUCUCCCCCAUCUGUCUGCCAGGCACUACCCCAGAAUAUAACCCCUCAGUGACAGACCUGGGACUGAUCUCAGGCUGGGGCCGAACAAGGAAGCAAAAUCACGUUAUCAAACUCCGAGGGGCAAGGUUACCCGUAGCUCCCUUAGCAAAGUGCCAGGAGGUAAAGCCGACAGAUUCCAAAGUGGUUACAGGGAGGUAUGUUUUCACUGAUAACAUGAUCUGUGCUGGAGGUGAGAAGGGGGUUGAUAGCUGUGAAGGGGACAGUGGUGGGGCCUUUGCAAUACAGGACCCCAAUGAAGAGAACCCCAAAUUCUAUGUAGCUGGCUUAGUAUCCUGGGGCCCCCAGUGUGGGACUUAUGGGAUCUACACAAAGGUGAAGAACUACAUUGAUUGGAUAACGAAGACUAUGCAGGAAAACAGUACCCCCAGUACGGACUAAUCCAUACAUAUACCACCAGCCUCUCCAAGAGGUAUUACCAAUUUCCUGGAUUGGUAGGACUGAUCCACGGCUUUCAAUUCCUCACAAUAUUCUUAUAUUUCACCGUGACUGAGAGAAGACAUGGGAGUACGAUUUAGCUAGAACUUAAUUGUCAGGAUACUUGGCUGGAAGUAGCACUUGAUUAUGGCAUUGGCUUGGUCAUUCAGUUGUGGUCUGAAUCUGUGGAGUCCUCGCCCCUGAAUACCUGUCUGCUAUAAAUAACAUGGGGAGGGCAUUCCUAUCUUGCACUAUUCAACAGGGAGUUCCCUUUCCUGAUGAUUGCCUGAUGUUAUAGCUCUGACUCUGAAAUUUAUUGUUGGGGAGUCCUUGGUUUUUUGUUUCCCUUUCACCUCUUUGCAGUUCCGUUUAUCAUUUUUAGUUACAAUAAAGCAUGUUUAUAACUCCAUUCUGACUGACUUGCUUUAUUCCACUUCAAGAACUCAGAACC